AUGGGGCGCCCAAAUCGAGAGCCCCUCCUCGAGGACGCCGGGCCGCGGGUGGUCCUCCACCGCGACCUGGGGGACAUCCAGCCCGGGGUUGACUUGGCGGCGACGGUUCCAUACAUGGAGAGCAGGAAGAGCAUCAGAAAAUAUCGAGGAGCCUACAGACCCACACGCCCAUUGAUGACUUGGACCCUUUACACCUGUCUGCUCCUCUUGUGGGGUUUUGGAACUUUGGAUUAUAGCAACAAGAUGCUCACUGUGGAGUUCAAAUGGAACUUUGGCGCCUCGUUGAUCGGAGAGAUUCCAGUGACGGGGGUGGUGACAACCCUGAUGUGGGCACUGUCGCUGACGCUAAUGUUCUACUUUGUCAGAUAUCAGGUCAAGCACAGAAACAUGGCUGCCCUGUACAUAACCCAGGCUGCAAUAAUCGCUAUGGUAUACGUGAUUGUCAAGAAUUGGCAGAUUGGAACCAUUCUGAAAGGGAGGGAGAGCUUCCAGAGUGCUGUCUUGGGCCUCUACUUGGCGAUAAUGUUUGUCAUCAUCAUCGUCAGAUACCAUCAAGUUCACUAUUUGCCAGUGUGGCAAGAGAAGGGUUGGCCACUCACAGCGCCCAGGCUGAGGCCAACAGGGGGUCAAGAUAUCCAACCCAUUCUUCUGUAUGACUACGUUGGCAAAAUCAAAAGUCCUCUGCAUUGGUGUGCUUAUGAGUAUGUGGGAACAAUUUCCGGGUUACUGCCAAGGUCCUGGGUUUCCCAGUACAAGGUGAUCUAUGUAGGUGAGGUUGAUGAUAAGCAGCGGCCACAUGGCUUUGGGGAGUGGUGGGAUUCCCAUUACCAUGGGGAGCACCUGUGUGGCUUGUGGCAUGAGGGGAGGCCCAUAGGACCCUUCAUGAGCCGUGAGAAGGGGUCCUCCAGUGGCUUCCUGAGCACAAGGAUAGGCUACUUCACACACAGAGGGGACGGCGUUGAGGGCAGAUGGUUCAUGCCAGUAUUUGUUCCAGAAGGGGAGCUGUUGUAUGGCACUGCCAGCAUCGAGUGCAGCGUGAGCGGCGUCUUCUUCAAGGACUACCCUAGGAUCUCAUUUCACGGAGGCCCUGUCUCAAUGGGGAAGGACGCAGACAUUGAUGGCAGUCGAAUUUUUGACUGGACAGGGGUCCCGUCGCCAGCGGCCAAUGACGGGGAGUCCCCAAAAUUUGAUCCCCAGGAUUUGGGCCAAAUUGAUGGGGAUGUGAAGGGCAGCCCUGUUUCUCGUGGUCCUGGCCCCAACUCACGUUUGAGCCCUCGAACGAUGCCAGGAUAUGCGACAUCCCUUGGUUCAUUGGUUGGUGCAAUGGAACGGUCAGCAUCCAUAAAACGCGACUUUGGGGAUUUUGUUCGCAACGACUCCAUCGUUGUGAGCGUUGACCCUAGCCGGGGCCUUGUCAUAUCGGAUUACAUGUUUGUUGGCAGGGACAGCGGCCCUCCCUCAGUGUCAGACUUGGAUGUUAGAAUUGUUCGGAGGCACAGUGCAAGGCGUGCUGGCGCUGUGGAGCACAGGGGGCCUCCACAACAAGGGAUGAACAAGUCGGUGUCGUCGAUCCACAGCGACUGGCAGUCGACUGGCCUGGAUGUGGUGGGCUGGCAGCCCAAGAGCAUUUCUGGUCACUAUGAGGCCCUGCUGUAUAUCCCUGGAUUCAAUGCAUCAGUUCAUGAUGCAGUGAGAAUCUUGGGGCAGCUCAUGGCCUUAGGUAACUUCCCCACGUACAUAAAACCCAUUGUGUUCAGCUGGCCAGGUGGCAACUACUUCUCGUACUUGCAGGCCCGGUUCGGUGCCGCCGAGUGUGACAGGACUCGGGACGCGUUCAUCCAGUGCCUGCGCUCCCUGGCAGCCCACAAGUUCCGCACGGUGCACCUGAUGACCCACAGCUGCGGCCUGAGGGUGGUGACGUACGCCCUGUCCACCCUGGAGGAAAUCAUCCCCAGCCCCGUGGGCUUGAGCCCACCCGGUACCCUCCCCCUCAAAAUCGCCACCAUAACGCUCAUGAACCCAGAUUUCGAGCUCGAAGACUUUCGCCUCGAGAUUGGCCACCGCCUGCGGGCGCUUUGCCCCGUGGUCACCAUUUACGGCGACAAGACGGACGGCGCCUUGCUGUUUGCAGAAAUCGCCAACACCCUCAUCGAAUUCUUCCUGCCCAAGAGGGUGGAGAGGGUGAAGAAGGCCAUGCGGCUGAACGGCUACGUCAGUGAUGCCAGCGAUCUUGAGGCAGGGGGGGGGAUGGGGCGGGGGGCAGAGGGCGAGGAUGAGGAAAAGGGCCGCUUUGGUGUUUCCUUGCCCAAUCUGAAGAAAGGCUCCAAUCAUGGCGAGGAGACCCUAGAUGGGUUCCAGGGAAUACGGUAUUUUUAUUCCGUCUUUCACUCCGCUUUGCUGAGCCCCCGCGGGAGGAGGAAGCCGUGGACGCACCGCUUGGGGGGAUGGGUGCUGCGGAAAGUGAAGAAGACGAAGUACCCGCACAGCGUGGGGCGGUCGCCGAUGGACAUCACGGACCCCAUUACGCAGGAGCCGCUGGACAUGGACGUCAUAGAAACGACGUACAUUGAGACCAACGUGCAUGCGUGGCGGCACAAUUAUUUCAACGUCAAUCGGGAGCUAGUGGAGGACUUGAGGGACUUGCUGGUAACCCAGCGCAGGGCGCAUCAACGAACGUCGCGGCUGGAAUGGCUGGGAGGGAACGUCUUCGGCUUCCUCAUCGCCCCUUCACACAUCAUGAACCCGUAG